UUAUUUCUAAAAAAGAAGAGGAUAAUAAUACAAAUGUCACAGGCAACUCCAAGAAAAUUUAGCGAGAAAAUUGCAAUUUUGGAGCGAAAGCAAAACGAAGAACAAGAACAGUUUAAUAAUGUAAUGCGAGAUGUUCGGACAAUAACAAGUAAUGACGUUCAACAACAACAACAACGUCAAACUACUCCACAAUCAAGUCCUCAACAACUUUUAAAUUAUGGCCCCCAGAGCAACGAUUCUUCCUCUAAAUUGUCCCCCGAGGGCCCUCAUCCGCUUACUACAAAUUGGAACAGAGCUGGAGGUUCUUUACCUAACGUUCAUCAAAUGGUUGUUCAACAACCUGCAAUGGGUUCAACACCACCUUCUCCUUACAACUGUGCAGUGAACAACAAUUAUUGUUGGUCACCUUCUUGGACAAAUGUUCAAACGGCCGCAGCAGCUUCCAACCAAUUUCAGCAGCAACAAAGGGCGGCUAGAACACGUUCACCUGGCGCCACACAUUUUCAUCCUUAUAGGAAUGGAACAUCUCCGAGUGGCGGGCAUGAGGCAAAAAUGGUGGAAUCUGGCGGUCCGGGAGGCGUGCAUUUGCAACCACCAGAUCCGACGUGGUCAAAAACAAGAAGUGAUCCUGCCAUUCAUACAAAUACUUCAGCAACUAACCCAAACUUAAUUGAUCCAAAUUUCCUUUCUUAUCCAUUCUAUUCGGAGGUUCAAAAUUCGUGGAACAAUGAAACACCAAAAAUGUUUAAUGGUCCUGCAACAGCACCUCCAACAGCACAGAUUCAACCCUCCGUUUUAUUCUUUCCUUCUUAUCCUUUGGGACAACCAAAUAUGCCAUUGAAUCAAACAAAUAAUUCAAUUAAUCAACACCAAAAUCGACACCAACACCAACAACCUAAUUUACCUCAAAAUCAAAUAUUUAAUAUACCUGCCAAUCCAACAACAAUUCCUCCAUUACCUUCAGUUAGCCUACCAAUACAGCAAAUUGGCUCAUCACCUUCAUGCUCAUCACCUAUUGCUUCUUGCUCUUCUCAACAAAAUUUUAUGAUUAAUAAUAAUAAUAAUGGUUCUCCUGCCUCCCAACAAAUUAUUUUUUUACAACAAUUAAAUAAUAAUAAUAAUAAUAAUUUUGUUACAAAACCAAAAAUAGGGAAUAAUGAUCAACAACAACAAUUAAUAAUGCUUGAAAACAAUAGAGUUGGUUUUCAACAACAGCAACAACAACAGCAGCAAUUGUAUAACACAAAAAUAUCUCCACCACCUCCAUACUUUAGUCAAAAUAUAAUAACAAAUAAUAACAACAAUAAUACACUUCAACAACAAUUAACAACACCUUUAACAAAUUUAUUAUCACAAAGUAGAUCUGCCCCAACAAGUCCAACAACUUUAUCUUCCUCUUCUUCAAUGGAAAAUUACCAUCCAUUAGCUGGAAUUCCUGGAGGAAAGAUGAUGCAAGGACAAUUAAAUAAUAAUAAUCAGUGGUCACAACAUCGACAUUUUUCAGCUAGCCCUGAUGGAAUGGAAGUUCCAAAUAUUUGUGUGACCGGUACAGAUGGUUCUCUUGACGUUGAUUGUUUUCAGGAUCUACAAGAUUUGCAUUUGGACAGUGAAACACUACAAAUGUUAAAAGACCAAUCGGACCACGAAAACAUGGUGGACCCAGCAUGUGAAACUCAAUUGCUCAGUUGAUGGUAAUUGUUGGGGCAUAAAAAUCUCUAGCCAAUUUAACUACUUUAAUUAAAAUAUUCCUAAACUUUUUUGGACUGUCAGUUUGUCGUGAAAAUUUAAAAUAUUUUUGGUUAAAGAAAAGGAUUUUUUUCAUGACAUUUCUGAUACCCAAAAAGUUUCACACCGCCAAUUUUCAUUACAACCAAAAAAUGCUACCAAAACAUUUGCAUAGAGAAAUGCCAUUUUCUGUGAAGUUAUUCACUCCCUCAACCUCUAUUGAAACCAAAAAUCUUGC